CAGCUCUGUAUGGGAGCAGGCACCCGACUCGGACCGUUGUCGCGGCUCCGGCCGUCGCCACCCGCUAUAUAAGACAGAAUUCCCCCUGCCACCACCAACUAGGAGAGUGGUGGAGGAGGAGACCCACCGUCGGCUCGCCCGUGUCCCGAUUCCCACUCACGACAUCAACCUGUCCCCAUCCAUCUCGCCCGCGACGUUUGAUGGAGUCUCUCCUCGCCUCGCGAUCCAUUAGGUCUUCCUUCUCCGCCGUCGCCAGCACCAGGGGCGCCGCUUCCCCCAGGCCCUCGCGCGUCGCCACCCUCGCCAGCGCCGGCGCCGGCGCCCGCUCCCGCGCGCUCCGUGCUGGCCACACGGACGAUAUGCUGAACGCAAAGGAGCUGGUCCAAUGGGAGAAUGGCUUGUCAUUCAAUGACAUAGCGGCUAGGCAGGGGAUUCGCAUCCGCAGACACUGCCGCCCCACUGCCUCCUUGAAGGAGAUAGAGGAGGAGCUGGGAGCCCCCCUUAACAUCCUAGAGAAGAUCAUUUGGGACAAGGAGAUUGAAGUAGCUGAGGGGCAUGCUAAGAAGCCUCUUGAGGAGGUGAUUCAGGCUGCAACGAAAGCCCCUCCUUCAAGAGACUUCUAUGGCGCUUUAGAAGCUGCCUACAAGCGUAAUGGGGUGCCUGCAUUGAUUGCUGAGGUCAAGAAAGCAUCCCCGAGUAGGGGUGUGCUCAGGGAGAACUUUAAUCCUGUUGAAAUUGCUCAAGCUUAUGAAAAGAAUGGAGCUGCAUGUUUGAGCAUUUUGACAGAUGAGAAGUACUUUCAGGGAAGCUUUGAUAAUCUUGAAAAGGUGCGCAGCUCAGGAGUGAAGUGCCCUCUUCUCUGCAAGGAGUUUGUCAUUGACAAGUGGCAAAUCUAUAAUGCUCGCUCUAAGGGUGCUGAUGCAAUUCUACUAAUUGCUGCUGUGCUACCAGAUCUUGACAUAAGGAAAUUUCUUCAGAUUUGCGAAGAGUUGGGAAUGACAGCUCUUAUUGAGGUUCAUGAUGAAAGAGAGAUGGAACGUGUGCUGAAGAUAAAUGGAGUUAAGCUUAUUGGUAUCAAUAACCGAAGCCUUGAGACAUUUGUUGUUGAUACUUCGAACACCAAGAUGUUGCUCGAGAAACAUGGGGAUAUCAUCAGGGAGAAGGGAAUUUUGGUUGUUGGUGAAUCAGGUCUGUUUACUCCGGAUGAUGUUGCUUAUGUUCAGAAUGCUGGCGUUUCUGCUGUUUUGGUUGGGGAAUCCCUGGUGAAGCAAGAGUGCCCUGGACGAGCCAUUGUUGGGUUAUUUGGCAAAGAACUGCUGCACUGAAUGAGAGGACAAAGAUUGUAGUAGUACAUGGUUUGGUGGUGAGGUGUUAGUGCUAGGCUGCUAGCUGUUAGCCAUAGCAUCAUUUGCAGUAAUAGCAUUGGUUUUAUUAAUAAUACCACCGAAUGUGACAUGCAGAAUAAAAAUAAUGUUCAAUAAGUUCCAUUCAGUGAUUUUCUUUAGUUCA